AGUUUUGCAACUUUCCUGCUUGCCAGUGUGCCGAUCGUCUUUUCGGCCACUUUGCAAGCGCGAGGAAAAGAUGUGGCCGUUGGUGACAAGUGGAAGAACCAUGACGAUAUACACGCCCUUCCAGCUGAAGCUGCCUCUGGAGUCGAGGGAGAACUCCAACUUCGUUUUCAGCCCUUUAUCAAGGUUCUUGGAGGCUGCGUCCCUUUCCCAGCCGUAGAUGCUGAAGGCUAUCUCGGCGCUGGUCUCAAGCCCACCGGCAAGGGAAAUGGUGACUGUGGGGCGAGUGAGGGCCAGCUCUAUGUCAGAACUGGCAAAGUCAAAGAACGCACUGGAAUCAUGUACUCCUUCUAUGUCCCCAAAGUCAACAAGGAAAAUCGUCACUACUGGGCAUCCAUCGUUGUAUGGAUCUACGGUACCGACGUUAACACAGCGCAACCCGUCGGAAUCAGCUACCAAACUGACAACGGAGCGUACAGCGUUGGCUCAUAUCCCGCCACAAAGUGGUCUUCAGGCGCUAGCCUGGUGGGCAGACCCACGCAUCCGCUCGUCGCCUACUGGGGUAAGAAAGUCGUCGGACCCCUUACCGAGAACAUGGAAAACACGCUCAACCUCCCGAUCAUUGACUGGGAGAUGGUGCCGGAACCUGCGGAGAAACAGCUGGACGGUGUCAUUUACGAGCACACCUCUGUCCCCUUCAUCGACAAGAACUUUGGCAACAACCUUAACGAGGCGUUCGACGAGGGCUUUUACGCUGAUCUUCCGGGCGGCGACGGCGACGAGGAUGCAGGUGACCCCACCGAC